UUUGAACUCAUUGGAAAUAAUAUUCGGUGUCUGGAUUUUUAUUAUCUUGAAGUUGAAAUGGAUUUAAUGAUGUUUAAUAGAUAAGUUCUCGUUUAGCGUUCAUUACCACGCGCUUGAUUGAAACUUAAUGAAGUUCAUUAAGAAAUGACGCCGCACGUGUCGCGUGCUGUGCUUUAACGACCACUGGUCAAGUGGUCAAAUGUUCCUGCUUCAUUUAAUUCAUUAAUCAAACGUGAGUUAUGACAAGCAAUAUGGCACCUCAAAAUGUACGAAUGAUAUAAAGAAUAUAUGUGUAUCAAUAAUAUUGCAAUACUUUGAAAUGUAACAUACACGUGCAUAGGUACAUUAAAGUUGUUAGCUACUUUUAAUCCAUAGAAUGGACUUCAAGUAUGAAUUUGAAAGUUAAAAGCACAAUUACAAUUAAUAAAUUUGAUGGAGCUGAUUUUCAUUUUAGUGAUGGUAAUUUCUUGUCGAUUCAACAGCAAUUCAAGAAGUAAAGGAAGUUCUGCAAAAGUUAGAUUCGAAUUAAACUGGCUCUACAUUAACGGCUUCAUUUGUGAAGGUUAGCUAAACUUCUGAAUGGAGCUUAAUGGCCUUAUCGGAUAUUAGCUGGCAGAACAACACAUCAGUACUAUCACCAUUAAAAACUCAUGAAGAAUUUCAUUCAUUAAAAUCCGAAACAAAGAAAACUGAUUUUUCUAAAAGCCCGAGUCGGGCGAUGCAGCCUGGCUUGAAAUUCCAAGAUAACCGAUCGCUGUUGCAAGGGGAGGACGUUGAAGUUUUCUUCAAAAACUUAGAGGGACCUGAAUUAGGCUUAGAGAAGCAAAAUAUUGACUCGGACGGACAAGAUAUUGAAAAAGGUGUAAAAGUUGAUAUUAAUUCGGAUAUAACAAGUGCUUCGGCUAAUAGCGACAAUAAAGACAUGUUUCAGAACUCAAUGCACGCAAUGCCAAUGGCAGGGUCUGCCCCAACAUAUGACACUACAGGGGCCGCAGCCGGUGCUAUAUCAUCAAUGCACUCGGGAGUGAACCCCGUUUAUGUGCCCACAACACGUGCCGUGUUGCCCCCGAUGCAUUAUAUGACAAAUGGCGCUACACAGGGGGUACCUAGCUCUAACUCGCCGGCUAUGUGGCCAAUGAACACUGACACAACAUACAGUGCCGCUAACCCACAUUCCUCUGUGAGUCCGAGAUUUGCAUUUGCGCCUUCACCAAGUUCACCUAUUUCCACUCCGACGGCACGAGCCGAUAGUGGCUUUGCAACUCCGUUAGCUCGGUCUAGCGGUAUUAGCCCUUACCCAACUUACAUGGGAACACCGGAGAUUACAUCGUGGAACUUUCAGAUGGCGCUACAGCAGGGUCUCCGGCAAACAGGACCUGAUGGUCAGGAAUAUUUUACCGAUCUUGAGGGAAGAGAAUGUGUCAACUGCGGGGCUAUCUCCACUCCUCUUUGGCGCCGUGACGGUACCGGACAUUACCUCUGUAACGCAUGUGGCCUUUACCACAAAAUGAACGGAAUGAAUCGCCCUUUGAUCAAACCACAGAGACGACUGGGCGAGUUCGGUGAGAUGCUCCCCUAUCAAACGGACCCAUACGGGCAGUCCCUGAAUCCUUGGCGUGACAUGAACACGGGAUUUAUUACAGGCGCAAGAUCAAAAUCGGCAAGCCGUCGUGUAGGCCUGUCUUGUGCCAACUGCCACACAACGACGACGACGUUAUGGCGUCGGAACAGUGAGGGAGAACCCGUAUGUAACGCAUGUGGACUGUACUAUAAACUACACGGGGUCAACCGUCCCUUGGCUAUGAAGAAGGACGGUAUCCAGACCCGGAAGCGGAAGCCAAAAAGUCUUUCCAACAAAUCUAAGAGUGGAGCCAGUACACCAAAUAAUUCUGGUUCCGGUUCCUCGAUUAAAACUGACCACUCCGAAGAUAUAAAACCCAGCGACUCACCAUCAAAUAACAACAACAAUACUGAGCAGAGCCCAAGUCCGUAUAGCCUGACGUCACUUCCGCCUAUGAAUAAUGGCGGAAUCUCCAACAUGAUGCUUCCACAUGCUUCCAUCGCAUCGUAUCAUUCAACAGGUCAAAGGUCGGACUCCGGUAUCAAAGUUGAAAGUCCUGAAAAUUUGAGUGGGCAUGCGCAGUACAACACGCCCUCUCCCGGAAAACAUCACUCAGGUCUCGAACAGGAGCAGCCGUACUCACAUAGCGUUAGUUCUAUGGGAAUAACCUCAAACGAAACCACCGCUGCUUUAGGUACAGUCAGCGUUGGUGCAAGCUAAAAAUUACACUUCUUUGAAUUUGUGAAACAUAUCCUGUACUAUGUAUAGAAAGGCUUGCAACGUUAGCUUGAAUGUGAAUAACGCGGGUGGUGAUAAAAAUCAUAGUGCACGAUUUUCACGAGUGAAAAAUAUAAGACUGAUUUUGGAACAGAUGUGUGCCUUGAGUGAAAUUAUUGACCGCAGAGUGGGUCAAACACUGGUGCUAUUCUCCGGUACUUAUCACUGAUAAUUGACAUAAAUUACGACAUAAAAUGUGAUGCGAAUUCAUUCCUAUUUGAUUUAAUUAUAUAGAUAGUAUGUGCUUUUCUUUUUAAAGGAAUCAGCGUAAAAUGUUUGGAUUAAUGAUGCAUGAGUGUUUUAAAUUAAUUCCAAAUCUUUGCAUUAUACCUUUGUCUUAUACCAUUUGCUCUGUUACUGAGAAACUAUGGAUGUUCUUAUUCAUCAUUUCUCGUGGCUUUUGACUUAAAGCGUCUCGUUCACACAUUUUGGUGAAAAUAUUUUCCCUGUCGAAAAUCAAUAAAAUCUGGGCACUGUGAAAAUGAACAGUGGAACAAACUUACUGAUACAUGAAACAUGAUUUUUGCAAGACAAGUAACCAAAAUAUUACAUGCAGAAGUGAAUAAAUUAUUUCAACGCUUUUGUAAUAAUGGAGAAAAUCAACAUUGGAGAAAAACAACAUUCUUUAAGCUUUUUUGUACCAAUAUCUAGCGCUUAUUUUUAAUGACUUUACCAUUUUUCAAAUUUUAUUAAAGAAGAAUACUUUCACCAUCUUAUACUAAAUAACUUUGCAACGAAUUUGCUUAAAUACACUGUGACAAGGCAAAUAAUUUUGACUGUUAACCGGCAAGCCAUUCAAUAUGUGUAUACUAUUACCUUAGAAAGAAAUAUGUCCACUUUACAGUAGAUAUUCUCCUGAAAGGUGAAAUUGAAAUAAAGAACGGGACUGUAGUUUGUCCAUCAGCAAAAGUUUUUUUUUGGUUUUCAAUUCAUUAUUGACUCAUAAUCAUUCAUUUUUCAUCCGAACUAUUUUUUCAACCAAAGUACCUCAAACGGUUACAGAUAAUGCUCGCAAAAAAGUAGUACAUGUAGUAAAUAAUUUAGUUUAAGUAGUCAUUUUUGUAUAAUAUUUUUUCAUUUGUCCGAGAGGGUAAUGGCGUGGGGAGAGCGGGUUAGAUUAUGACAUUUAUAUUUAUAAUAAACAAGGAAAAAAGAAUAUUUUCCAAGAAAAGUCAACUGAUUACGAGGAAGAUGUUUGUUAUUGAUAAUUAUUUCAAGGUUUAUUGCAGUGUCAAGUGUUAGGUAUGUAAGCUUCCGGAAAGAUAAUUGAAGAAAAAAAGGUACAUAUUAUAUAUAGUACAUAUAACAAAAAUCACUUAUUUUCGCGAUUAAUAACACGUGACAAAAAUUACCUUUAAAUAUUGUUAAUAACGUAACUCUUUACUUGCACCAGAGAUUAAAAAAAACAUGCCAAUGAUUUUUAAGAGAUGAAAUAUUAUUUCUUUUGUUGUGACAUAUGAAAAAUUAAGCCGUUUUAAAAUAUAUAUUAAUAUUUAGGAAAUUGAAAAAAUAUAAUAGAGUUGCUUCCAAAAGCAUUGCUUUCCUUUUGCUGUAACAAUUUAGCAAUGUACAAGUUUUGAUAUACAUUGUAUACAUCUGUGAACAUAUCAGUUUUUACGAAAAUAUAUAUUUUUCUUAUACUUUUAACUCCCUUUCCUCUGGUCAGAUGUAUAGAACAGUCAGUUGCUACUAGGGACAUAUGAAAUAGUGAAUGAAAGUAGUUACGUCAUAGAUUAUUUUUAUAUUGUUUUAAUGAAGUGAUGGGUUUGGAAAUAUGCUGAUAUUUAAUGAAUCCAAUGUUUAGUAUAUAUUGCUGUAUAAUCGUAUGUGUUGAUAGCAUUAUUUAAAUGAUAUUUUAAAUUGUUCCUUAAACAAACUGGUGAGUUAAAUAAAUAUGUUUGCUAUA